AUGGACCGGCCAGAAGAUAUUAGCUCAACUUUACAAGUACCAACCUCAAAAAUACCAAACUUGAAGCAGAAAUUCAGUUUUCAUGUUGACGUGGGUCGCACAGGCCAAAGGCGUGGCCCCCGUCCGCGUGAGACACAUCUGAAGAAAAAAGCAGUUGAUAAAUAUCCAGCAGACAGUUUUCAAGUUAACGUGGGUCGCACAGGCCGAAGGCAUGGCCCUCGUCCGCGUGAGACACGUCUGAAGAAAAAGAGAUACGAUACAGUUACAUUGAAGAAGAAUAAGGAGUUGAGAAACAGGGAAGAACAAGGUGAGAAGCAGAGAAAAGAAAUGGACGAGAAAAAUAGACAAGGUGUGUGGAGGGCUGUGGAAAUGGAGCUUGCUACACCCUAUCAGACAUACAUUUCUUUGCCAGUUGACUCUGGUCGCCAAAGCCAAGGCUAUGAAGCUCUUUUGUCACUGGUUCCAUUCCAUAUUGUUACUCAUGCAUCCCAACUACCAAAAGAGUUUCUUUUUCCCUCUUCUGAAAGACAAUUAGUUGUUGGAUUUGACUGUGAAGGUGUUGACCUCUGUAGAUAUGGAAAGCUUCGCAUCAUACAGCUGGCGUUUCCAGAUGCUAUAUAUUUGGUUGAUGCUAUUGAAGGAGGGGAAAAGUUAAUUAAAGCUUGUAAGCCUGCACUUGAGUCUAGUUUCGUCGCGAAAGUUAUUCAUGACUGCAAACGAGACAGAGAUAAUCUCUCUGCAGAAGGAAACACUCCUGAAGAAGAGAUUUUAUCAGUAGUUAAUGUUCCUUCAGGUGUUCAUCAUAGGACCGUUGAGGCAGGUGAGAAAGGCAGAAGCAAUGUCGAGGGGUAG